AACCUAAGUCACAUUCGCAUCCGUCUAUCGCAACAUCAAGCCCGCACCUAUCGCCUCUUUCUGUAUCUCAUCGGCCAUUGCCGUAUUCACUCUCUUCCUCUGUCUCUCGGCCUCGUGCCUUCGACUGAAUCUCUGCCUUCGCACUUCCUCCAACCCUUUAACUCUAUUAUUAUCGCCGCCGCCCCUUAAUCUUGUUGCACGCGCAGCUGCUGCUCGGCUGUUCCGUCCUCUCUUUCAGGAUCGCAGAAUUGCAGGCAGUUUGCAAACUACUUGAAACAGGGCCUUCAAUUUGUGUUGCAGUUGCCUGAGGAUCCAUUAAUAAUGGCGGCUCUAAGGGACCUCCUUCCUCCAGUUAAGUCAACCACUACAACUUAUUAUGAUCAUUCAAAUGACCCAUGGUUUAGACAACGAUUCAACUCAUCUGAGGCAGAGCAAACCACGGUUGUCAAUCAUAAACUUGUGCCUCCCUACUUGGAGCGUAAAGGUUUUGUUCCCCGCAGAGUGGAGGAUUUUGGGGAUGGGGGUGCAUUCCCUGAGAUUCAUAUUGCGCAAUACCCUCUUGAUAUGGGUAGAGGUAAAUCUGCAAAACCAGGGUCAAAGAUUCUACCUUUGACUGUUGAUGCCCAUGGCAAUGUGGCAUAUGAUGCCAUUGUGAAGCAAAAUGAGAACGCAAAGAAAAUUGUUUAUUCACAACAUAAGGAUUUGAUUCCAAAGAUUUUGAGGAAUGAUGAGGAGAGAGAUGAGGAUGAGGAUUUGCAGAAAGAGAUUGAGGAGACAACACAGGAAACUAAAGCUGCACUCGAAAAGAUUGUGAAUGUGAGAUUAAGUGCAGCACAACCAAAGAAUGUGCCCAAACAGUCUUCGGAGUCAAAGUAUAUUAAGUAUAAGCCAUCUCAGCAAUCAGCAGCAUUCAAUUCAGGGGCAAAAGAGAGAAUCAUCAGAAUGGUGGAGAUGCCUGUGGACCCACUUGAGCCACCUAAGUUCAAGCAUAAGAGGGUUCCCAAGGCUUCUGGUUCUCCACCUGUGCCAGUCAUGCACUCCCCACCUAGGCCUGUGACUGUGAAAGAUCAACAGGAUUGGAAAAUCCCUCCUUGUAUCUCAAAUUGGAAGAACCCUAAGGGUUACACAAUUCCUCUUGAUAAACGUUUAGCAGCUGAUGGAAGGGGUCUGCAGGAUGUUCAGAUUAAUGAUAAUUUUGCAAAGCUAUCAGAGGCACUCUAUGUUGCAGAGCAGAAGGCUAGAGAAGCUGUAGCUAUGAGAUCAAAGGUUCAAAAAGAGAUGAUGAUGAAAGAGAAGGAAAGGAAAGAGCAGGAACUGCGGGCAUUAGCUCAGAAAGCUCGUUCUGAAAGAACUGGUGCAGUGCCACCAGCAUCUGCCCCAAUCCCAUCUGAUAAGAGUGCAAUGGAUGAUGUUGAUAUGAUAGGGGAUUAUGAGCGUAUAAGAGAAAGGGAGAAGGAUGUCCCCAAAGAGAUGAGAGAGGAAAGGGAAGAGCGGCUGCAACGGGAGAAAAUUCGUGAGGAGCGACGUCGAGAGAGGGAGAGGGAAAGAAGGUUGGAGGCAAAAGAUGCUGCCAUGGGUAAGAAAAGCAAAAUCACAAGAGAUAGAGAUCGUGAUAUCAGUGAGAAGGUUGCUCUUGGUAUGGCUUCUACGGGUGCUGGCAGAGGAGAGGUCAUGUAUGACCAGAGGUUGUUCAACCAAGAGAAAGGGAUGGACUCUGGGUUUGCAACAGAUGAUCAAUAUAAUGUGUAUGACAAGGGCCUCUUUACAGCUCAGCCUACACUUUCAACUCUGUACAGGCCUAAGAAAGAUGUUGAUGCCGAUGUGUAUGGAGGUGCUGAUGAGCAGUUAGAUAAGAUCUUGAAGACAGAAAGGUUCAAACCUGACAAGGCUUUUGCUGGUACUUCUGAGAAAACAGGUCCACGAGACAGGCCAGUUGAGUUUGAAAAGGAUGCAGAAGAAGCAGAUCCAUUUGGUCUGGAUCAGUUCUUGACAGAAGUAAAGAAAGGUAAGAAAGCUAUGGACAAAGUUGGUACGGGUGGAACAAUGAGAGCCAGUGCUGGAUCUUCAUUGCGAGAUGGAUAUGAAGGAGGCUCAGGUAGAACCCGCAUUGGAUUUGAGAGGGGCCGCUAGAUAUGCUGAUUUCAGGUUGUCCUUUUCUUUUCCCCUGUAUUGUAGUGUUGCCCUUUUUUUCUAUAGCGUUAUCACCUGAAGCUUAUUCGAUGUGAAGAUAUUUGUGCCGUGUUUAGUUUCUGUAGAAUUGGAAUGAAAUAAUCCCGCUUUCACAUGUUUUGUAA